AUGUCAAUGUCUGGCACCAGCAUUGUAAAUGCAAAGCCAAAGUACAUCAUUAACAAUAAUAAUGACAACCACAAGGUUGGAAUACACAUUCGUCCAAUAGCCAACGUUAGCUGCGAGCAACCAGCCACUUCAUUCUACGAUCUGGAGUUCCCAUUGCUCAAUGGCACCAACGUCCACUUCUCUCAGUUCAAGAACAAGGUGGUGUUGUUGCUCAACACUGCGUCAUUCUGA